AUGUCCCUGGCGCGAGCUCUCUGUCUGCAGUCUAGUUUUCUCGAUUUAGAUGACAUCUCCAGCAGUCUAUACAUGGGUACCGAGCAGGAGGUAUCCCGCCUUACCUUUGGACCCAAAGGACUUCUGAAGCAGAGAGGCUCCACCGACCCUACCGAGGAAGCCUGGGCACGUGGUGCUCGAUGGGGUAGCACUCAACAAGGAGGAGUCAAACUUGACCCAACGAGGUUUGUGCAAGAGUGCGGAGAGCUCGAAGAGGCGAGUUCGAGCGUGGAUACAGACAAGGAGCGGGCGAUACAGAAGACGAUCCAGGCCGGUUUUGAGGGCUAUACGUUGAUCGCCGCCAGUGGCAGACCCGAAAUCAUCAUGGAUCUCGAACGAAUCGUCAUUAUUGACAAAGGACACGGCGGAGACUCGAUUCGGCGGGCUGGUGAGCUUUGGGAGCCAAGUGAAGACGUAAUAGCUACCUGGGAAUUGCGUAUGAGCGCUUAA